AUGUUGAACCGAGGGGGGAGCCACCUGGGAUGGAGCCGGGGAGGGGGGGGAGCCACCUGGGAUGGAGCCGGGGAGGUGGCGGAGGGGAAGCCCUUGCUCGGGCCACGCCCAGACAUCCUGGGGUCCUACGGCUCGGUGGUGACCCCUGAUCCUCCUAGGUCAACUGCUAACCCGGCCAUUAACGACCUGCCUCGCGUCUCUCCCACCCCCUUGCCCCCACUCGAAGAGGAGGGUCACUCUAGAUCUUCGAGUUUCAGCAUGAGCCGAGAGUUCCUAAGGGAAGAGGUGGUUGUGCUGUUCACAGCUCACUUCGUCAUACUGUUUAACCAGACAGCACUGGAGACCGUCGUGACCCCGUUGACCCAGCAGUACUUUAACUUCGGGGAGUUGGAGAACAGCAUCAUUUACUGCAUCUGUAGUGUGGAGGUGAUCACAGGCUUCCUGUUUGUCCACUGGCUGUGCCGCCACACGACCGAGAGGGUGUUGCUGGCCGUGGGCCUUAUUCUCUGCCACAUCUCCUGCGUAUGGUGCCUCAUCUUCCUGGCCAACCCACAGGGUAAUUUCUCCUGGCAGUUAGCAGAGUUCAUCAUUGGGGUGUUCCUGCAGAUUUCAGGGCUCCCCUUUGUAGCUGUGGCACAGGUGUGUCUCUUCUCCAAAAUCACUUCGGUAGAGUCUCAAGGGUUGAGCCAGGGGGUACGUCGCUCUGUGGGUGGUCUGGCCACUAUCUUGGGCCCCCUAUGGGGGGGUGGUUUGACGGGGCACAUGUACAUCAUGCUGGGGUUGAUGAUGGCUCUACUGGUCCUGUUCGCUAUCAUUUUCUCCUUCUCCUAUCCCCGCCUGGUGGCUCCCACUGUGGUAGAACAUGCACAGGGUGAGGAUAGCGGGGGUGUGCGAGGCCAGGAGAACUAACGUAGCGGGUUUGGAGACUGAGGUAAAGUGUGAAGCGAGUGUUUCUUCCUACCUUGAAUCCAUCUCAGGACAUGUGCUUCCUCAAUCUCUGAAGACUCCCAUAUGUUGCGCACAKACCGUACAAGAUGACUGUAGGGCCUGUACUAGAUGAAUGUACUUCUGCAAAUAUAGUAUCAAAAUGGAAAUGAAAUACUUUGGAAUUAGGUGUAAUGUACAAACAUUUAGAAAGAUGUUGGUUAUGCACAAAACAUUACAACUUCGUAAAAGGUGUUUCUGAUUUUUAUAGCUCAUAACCUCCUAUCACAUUUCACAUGAUUGUACCACUGACUGAAWUACUUUCACACACUGACUCUGACAAAGAUUUUAUAAGAAAUGAACAGAUCAGAUUUAUGUAGAGACAAAUGGUCAAAACAUUGAUAAUACCUCAGCCCACACACACUGUCCAGAGUUUUCAGCUGACUGAAAUGUAUCAAUGCAUGUUGGUUAUUUCUGAUGGCUGAGUAUGAUUAUGACAUGCAGUACCCUUUUCUACCACUGGRGGGUGCCCUUAUCCUUUAUUUCUUUACUGUGGUGUUACUGAAGACUUUGUGGCAGAGCCUCAAGUAGAUCGCUGUCCUGGUCCCAGAUCUGUUWGUGCUCUUGACGACGCCAUUGCUGUCGACGUUAAGCCAAACAUGUUUACAGUGACAAGGAGUUGGCUUGAUGGCACAGACUGGCACUCUGGCAACUAAAUAGCCAAAGAGAGAACAUGUUUCUGAAAAUCACUUUUUUUUUUCUUCACAGAAUGAGGGCAAGGGGAAAUACUAGAUCACUACUGACUGUAAUAAAUAUGUAAUGGCUUUAUGAAUGGAGUCAUAUGUUGAAGUUAUACUGUUCUGGACGUCUUGUGACAGUUGUUAAAGAUGACUAUGGCUUAAUGUAAUCUGCUACGUAUUAUUUUUGCAAUUGAGGUAUUAUAUUUUGGUCAGUGCAUAACCUGUUCUAUAACCACUUAGUUAGUGAAUUCAUGUCUUCCUUUUGAGAAUAGCUUUUUUUUAAUCCGGCGGUGUCUCAUUUUGUAAAGGAAUAUGCUAAUUGUUUAUAGCUAACAUUUAUCUUUCUGUUUGAGACAUUUUCCCAUAACUCUUUGAAUACUUUAAGUUGCAUAUGAUAUGAACACACAUUUAUACAUAGCUAGUAGUCAUGGUCCCUAAUGUGUUGUAACUAACGGAGAAGUCUAGAACUUAGCUUUCAA